GAGCCCAGAUAAAGGUGUAUGUUACAGGUGAGGCAGGGUUCUCUAUGUGUUAGUGCAUGUGGGAAUGUUUUCUUCCUUGCUAAAAGUCGCAAAGUCUCUCAAUCCAAUGGCAUCGAAGGCAAACGUCGACCAUGAGAAUAAACUGAACGAUGAAAUCGCUGCAGCUAUCCGGGGAACAUUUGUUCGUCGCAUCAAUGCCCGGACAUUUACAUUUUACACCCGGACAAAAUUACCUAACAUUUUCACGAAGGAAGAUUACAGUCAUUUCAAUGCUCAAAUGGUUAGCGGAGCAAAGAAUAUUAAUGAAGACAUUUUUGACACACUUAUCAAAUAUAAGGACUGGUUUUCUUGCCUGAUACAAGCUGUCAGUGAUCCUACUUAUAAUCAGACGGACCUGGUCCAAAUUUUUAUUGACCUUAAAGACAGCGUAGUGAAGCAGUUUGGUGCAUCAUCUUCACAGUUCCCCUCAUCUUCAACCAACGCCUCCAACGCAGGACCCUCGGCAAACAGCGAUGGAAAAAGUGCUUCACAAAAUCAAGAUCGAGAAAAUCUCCUAAAUGAUGAACUUGCUUCAGCUGUAAAGGAAACUUUUGUCCGUCGUAUAAAUGCCAGACCAUUUUUAAACUACACCAAAUUGUAUGAAAGCAGUAUCUUCACUAAAGAGGAUUACAAUCAUUUUGAUUUGGUGGGUAAAGAAAGAUCGACGAAUGUAAACGAAGAAAUUUUUGACACACUCAUCAAAUACAAUGGAUGGUUCAACUGCUUAAUCAAGGCUGUUGGUUACCCACUUUUGAAUCAAACAGACCUGGUCAGCACUUUUCUUUCACUGAAAGAUGAGGUUCAGAAAAAGAUGACUUUAAAGGCUACUCCUCCACCCGUCAUCCCACAACAAGCAGAUUCACAGUCAGAGGGAAAUAUAAAUGCAGAAGAGAGUCAUACUCAAAAAGCAGAUUCUCCUUCAGACAGAGACCCAGCCAAAGCUCCGGGACCGUCAAAAACACCAGCGAAGAAGAAAGCAACAAAUACAACUGAAGCAAGUGAACCAGUUGUAAAGAAAGUGAAGAAAAACGAAGAAGCUUCAUCUGCAAAGAAAUUACAAGGAAAACCGGAAUGGUGCCGAUGUGGAUUCUGCGAUCUAAAUGAAGACAGAAAUGAAGUGUGUUGCUAUGACCUACACAAACUGGUUGAGGAUAACUAUGAAAAUAAGAAAAAGAAAAAAGUCCUUGAAGCUGAGAAAUGCAUGACCAAGUGGUCAAAACUGACCAAAAGUGUCCUGAGUAGACCCUUUCUUGAGAGAGAACCAAACUGGAGGUUGUAUAAGCUAGAGACCAACCCAACCGACGAUCCGAAAGCUCUGUUUCGACUGGGCUGCUGCCAUUUUAGAAGCUUUGUGAACGCCCAGUUCACCACAGAGAAAACCAUCGCUGUGCCGUCUUGUGUUAUCAAAAAACUCAAGUCACGUUGUGUGGUUAAAAAACCAGUUAAGACUAAUCAGUAGUUUUGUUAAAACAUGGUUAUUUUAAUGGAUCAAACACAUUUUUGUUGUGAUUAUUUCUACCAUUUAAUCAGUGCAUUUAAUUAUAAUUUUUUUUACAUUAUUUAGUUUAAGAUAAUAAGGAAUGUAAUUCUCUAAUAUUAAAUUACUAAAUAUCAUUGGUAAGAAUAAAAA